UGCCCGCGUUUUGCAGCAUCAUCGGGAGCCGCCGCGGGGGCAGGCGGCGCCGCUGUCCGCCCGCGGGGCCGAGGGCAGGUGCUGCGCCGCGCAGGCGGGCCCGCUCGCCCCUCUCCGCCCCGGUCCCGUCGCAGAGCCCGGCUCCGGCGUCCCGCCGAACCCCUGAGCGGGGCAGCGCCGCGGGGCGGCUGUGGCUGUGGCUGUGGCUGCGGCGCGCCCAUGUGAGCUCCGGCCGCGGGGUGCCCGCCUGAGGCGCGGAAAGCUGCGCACCCUCCGGGCCUGAGCGCCUGCAGCGGCGGCGGCGGCGACGACGGCGGGAGCAGGCAGAGGCCGUCGGGGCAGCGCUGGAGUGAGCGGGAGCGGCAUGGGGACCUGGCGGCGGAGGCCGGGGCCGGGCCUGGCGCGGUUCUGGGGCUUGUGCUGCCUGGUGCUGGGCUGUUGGCGGGGCGCGCUGGGCUGCCCCGCGUCCUGCCGAUGCAGCUCCUGGCGGAUCUGGUGUGCGGACCCGGCGCCGGGCAUCGCCUCCUUCCCCGUGCCGCAGCGGAGCGCCGAGGGCGACAAUGUCACCGAGAUCUACAUCGCAAACCAGAGAAAAUUAGAAAGUAUCAAUGACAAUGAAGUUGGAUUUUAUGUUGGACUUAAAAAUCUGACCGUGGUGGACUCAGGCUUAAGAUUCGUGUCCCGUCAAGCAUUUGUGAAAAAUGUCAACCUACAAUACAUCAAUUUAUCCAGAAACAAGCUCUCAAGUUUGUCCAAGAAGCCUUUUCGCCAUCUGGGUUUGUCUGAUCUGAUAUUGGUGGACAAUCCAUUCAAGUGUUCCUGUGAAAUUAUGUGGAUCAAGAAAUUUCAAGAGACUAAGUUCUACACAGAAACUCAGGAUUUGUAUUGUAUAGAUGACAACAACAAGAGGACAGCCUUGCUGGAUAUGAAAGUCCCAAACUGCGACUUGCCCUCAGCAAAUUUAAGCAAUUACAACAUCACCGUGGUGGAAGGAAAGAGCGUCACAUUGUACUGUGAUACUACUGGCGGGCCACCCCCCAAUGUGUCCUGGGUGCUCACCAACCUUGUUUCAAACCACGAGAGUGACACAAGUAAGAACCCUGCCUCGCUAACAAUAAAGAAUGUUUCAUCCAUGGACAGUGGACUGUGGAUUUCCUGUGUAGCAGAGAACAUUGUGGGAGAGGACCAAGCCUCUGCUGAGCUCACGGUGUACUUUGCACCAAAUAUCACAUUUAUUGAAUCUCCAACCCCGGAUCACCACUGGUGUAUUCCAUUCACUGUGAAAGGGAACCCUAAGCCCACAUUGCAGUGGUUCUAUGAAGGCGCUAUACUGAACGAGUCUGAAUACAUCUGUACUAAGAUACAUGUUAUCAAUCAAAGUGAAUACCAUGGCUGCCUUCAGCUGGACAAUCCUACCCACCUGAAUAAUGGUGCUUAUACCUUACUGGCAAAGAAUGAGUAUGGAGAGGAUGAAAAACGGGUUGAUGCUCAUUUCAUGUCAGUGCCUGGAGAUGGUAGUGGACCAAUUGUGGAUCCAGAUGUUUAUGAGUAUGAAACCACGCCUAAUGAUCUUGGAGACACCACAAAUAACAGUAAUCAGAUCACUUCUACGGAUGUUUCCAACAAAGAGAAUGAAGACAGCGUCACUGUGUAUGUUGUUGUGGGAAUUGCAGCACUGGUGUGCACUGGCUUAGUAAUAAUGCUCAUUAUUCUGAAGUUUGGAAGACACUCUAAGUUUGGGAUGAAAGUUCAUGGUGAAGUAAAAGGAGUUGGUCUGGUAGAUCAAAUAUGGCUUUCAUUGCAAGACUGCGACAAUGAAGAACAAGUAAUGGUGACUGUCAACAGUGAUGUACAUAAUAACUCCACUGCAUCAGAUAACAACAGACUGGGUUUUGUUUUAUUUCAUAAGAUCCCACUGGAUGGGUAAAUGAAAUAAGGAAAAGAUGAGAGAGGGCCUGUUGAGCUUGUGGAAGCUGUAUGCUGCACACUAGGGAGAGGACAGUGUUCUUGCCCAGUGAAGUGCCACCUCCCUUGGACUUCUCAUUUAGACAUUGGUUGUGUUUGGAGAACUGUAGAAGUACAUUCAAAUCAGUAGCUGUUUUUGAAAUAGCAGGGCAAACCAAGCCCUGAGGCAGUUAUAAAACUCAAGAAAGUCCAGAAAUAAGCUAUCACACUAUUUCCCAUUGCCUUGUCCUCACUGUCUUCCAAAAUGAUAUUAAGAUGGAAUUAUGUUACAUUGUUUCCUCUGUCAAUUAUUUUUCUGUUUGAUCUUAACUGGAAGAUACUGUUUUUAUAAAUAAUAUUUAUCAAAGGUGAACUGCAAAGUUGCUUUAAUUUCAUUGCAUUAGUAGCUCUGCAAAACUUCUACAAAUGCUUAAUUUCAAUGGGAAUGCUCACGUCCUUAAAGUUAAGUUCUAGUAUAUUUCCAGGAUAUGGACUUAAAUCCUAAAGCAGUAAAUUGCAGAGCUGGCCCUGCAAGUAUUAUUUAUGUAUGUGGUUCCACUGACUUUACCAGGAAAAUGGAGAGGGUGUGCUGUAUACAGAAAGGUGGCAAUACUGUUAAUUAGUGUGUUUGGGUAUUGAACCAGUGCCAUCACUUACACAUUCAGUUAGGUCAUGCUUAUUCAUUACAGACCAUAGGUUUUAGGUACAUGUACAAAUCUUCGGUAGGCUGGAAUGCUUAUUCUGAGCCAAGAGCAAGAAUAACAGCACUGCAUGGUUGGUCCUUCAAACUGUAUACUUGUAGGCCUGCUUAACUGUUCAUAUUUAAUUGUGAAGUAUACUUCAGAGGAGAACUUACUCUCUUCCAAGAAGAGUUUACUAUAACAAAAAGCUAAACGAAGGCACAAGCAUUUUGCAAGAGCAGGGACUGCAUUUAGAUCUAGUGCUAGACAUUAAUGUUCAGGCUAUUUACCUAUCAAAUCCUGAGUUUUGAAUUUGAUAUUUUCAGUUUAGGGAACUGUAAGAAAAAUGAAGUUUCUGGUUUUUUUAACCAAGAGUUAGCUACAAGGACUAGCAGCUAUGUUUGAUUUUAAUUCUUUACAAUUAUAUUUAUUAAAAAAGAAAAUAUGUGAUUGUUUUAUCUGUCCUGUAAUUGCUUUUCAUUGUUUUUGCUUUUAAAUUUCAGCCGUUUUCACUAUUCCAUUUAAACACCGUUGUCUUUUCUUUUGCUGCGGUCCUCUACAGCAUACACCAUCUCUUUUUCUACAAUACUCUCUUGACUCUUUUGUUCUAUCACCAGAUCCUUAGUGGCUUUUUGCCUUUUAAAACUCUUAGUCCUUUGAUGUUUUUCCUGUAUUCUCUUCAGUCUCUCACAUCCAAUGUCUCUAUUCCUGCUUUGCUCAAGUUUUGGAAAGAUGCUUAUUAGUCAAGAAAUACAGAAUCAUAGAAUCAUAGAAUCAGAGAACUAUUCAGGUUAGAAAAGACCCUUGGUAUCACUGAGUCCAACCGUCAUCCCUACUCUACAAAGUUCUCCCCUAAACCAUCUCCACCAACACCACAUCCAAAUGACCCUUAAACACAUACAGGGAUGGUGACUCAACCACCUCCCUGGGCAGCCUAUUCCAGGGUCUGACCACUCUCUCUGUGAAUUUUUUUUUCCUAAUGUCCAGUCCAAAGCUACCCUGUUGCAGUUUGAAUCCAUUCCCUCUUGUUCUGUUGCUAAUUACCUGUGAGAGGAGACCAGCACUAAGCCCUCUACAAUGUCCUUUCAGUCAGUUAGUUGUAUAGACUGAUGAGGUCUCCCCUCAGCCUCCUCUUUCUCAAACUAACCAUUCCCAGCUCCUUCAAGCAUUCUCCAUAAGAUUUAUUCUCUAGGCCCUUCACCUCCUCUGUACUCGCUCCAGCACCUCCAUAUCUCUCUUGAAUUGAGGUGCCCAAAACUGGACACAAUACUCCAGGUGUGGCCUCACCAGUGCUGAGUACAGGGGGACAAUCACCUCUCUACUUCGCUGGUCACACUAUUUCUAAUACAAGCCAGGAUGCCACUGGCUUUCUUGGCCACCUGGGCACACUGCUGGCUCAUAUUCAGCCGCUUGUCAAUUAGAACCCUCAGGUCCUUUUCUGCCAGACAGCUUUCCAGCCACACUUCCCCAAGCCUGUAGGGUUGCGUGGGGUUGUUGUGGCCCAAGUGCAGGAUCCGGUACUUGGCCCUGUUGAAGCCCAUACCAGUAACAGUAGCCCAAUGAUCCAAUCUAUCCAAGUCUCUCUGUGGAGCCUCCCUAUCCUCAUGCAGAUCAACACUCCUGCCUAGCUUGGUGUCAUCUGCAAGCUUCCUGAUGAUACACUCUAUGUCUUUAUCAAGAUCAUCAAUAAAGAUGUUAAACAGAAAUGGUUCCAACACUGAGCCCUGAGGAACACCACUUGUGACUGGCCCCAGCUGGGCUUGACUCCAUUGACCACCACUCUCUGGGCCUGACCCUCCAGCCAGUGCUUGAUCCAACAGAUCAUAUGCUCAUCCAGGCCAUGAGCAGCCAGUUUUUUCAUGAGAGUUCCAUGGGGAACAGUAUCAAAUGCUUUUUGGAGGUCCAGAGGGACAAUAUCCACAGCCUUUCCCUCAUCCAAUAGUCAGGUAAUCAGGUCAUAGAAGGAGAUCAGGUUCAUCAGGCAGGACCUACCUUUCAUAAACCCAUGCUGACUGGGCCUGAUCCCCUGGUUGUCCUCUGUAUAUGUCUUCUAGUAACACUCAAGAUAAUCUGCUCCAUGACCUUCCCUGCUACCAAGGUCAGACUGACGGGUCUGUAGUUUCCCGGAUCCUUCUUUCUGCCUUUCUUUUAGAUGGGUCUUACAUUUGCUACCCUCCAGCCCAUUGGGACCUCCCCAGUUAGCCAGGACUCCAGGUAAAUAAUGGAAAGUGGCCUGGCAAUCAUGUCUGCCAACUCUUUCAGCACCCUUGGAUGUACCCCAUCCACUCCCAUAGACUUGUGUGUGUCUAAGUGGUGUAGUAGGUCUCUGACCACUUCCUCUUUAAUUGUGAUAACCUCAUUCUGCAUCUCCUCCCUGUCUCCUAGCUCAUGUGGCUGUGUAUCCAUGGAACAGCUAGUUCCGCUGCUAAAGACUGAGGCAAAUAGGGGUUGAGCACCUCAGCCUUUUCCUCAUUUUUUGUUACUAAGAUUUGCAUCCAACAAAGGAUAGAGAUUUUCCCUAAUCCUCCUUUUGCUGUUAAUGAGCUUACAGAAACAUUUUUUAUUAUCCCCAACAGCUGUAGCUAGUUUGAGCUCCAGCUGUGCUUUGGCUCUCCUAAUUUUCACCCUGCAUAGGUUCACUUCAUCUUUAUAGACUUCAUGAGUGACCUGUCCCCUCUUCCAAAGGUCAUAGACUCUCUUUUUGUUCCUAAGGUCCAGCCAAAGGUCCCUGUUUAGCCAGACUGGUCUCCUACCCUGUUUACUGGUUUUCUGGCACACAGGGGACAGCUCCUGUGCCCUUAAGACUUCUUUCUUGAAGUAUGUCCAGCCUUCCUGGACUCCUUUAUCCUUCAAGGCAGCCUCCCAUGGGACUUUGUCACUCAGUCUUCUGAGCAGGUCAAAGUUUGCCCUCCAUAAGUCUAAGGUGGCAGUUUUACUAACCCCUCUCCUUGUUUCUCCAAGGAUCAAAAACUCAAUCAUCUUAUGAUCACUGUGCCCUAGACGGCCUCCAACUUUUACUUCCCCCACCAUAUCUUCCCUGUUCACCAGAAGCAGGUCCAGGAGUGCACCCUCCCUGGUCAGCUCACUUAUCAGCUGUGCGAGGAAGUUAUCUUCCACACAUUCCAGGAACCUCUUGGAAUGUUCCCUCUGUGUUGUAUUCCCAGAAGAUGUGUGGGAGGUUGAAGUCCCCCACAAGAGCAACGGCAAGUGACUGGGAGAUUUCCCCCAACUGCUUAUAUGUCCACACUUGCAUUUUUCUAGGCCUAGGUAGUGAAAUACUUCCUUUCUGUUGCCACUAGAUAGGGAAGGGCAGUUGCAGUUGCUGAAGUGCUUCCUUCACUUCUUAAAAUUCUGUCUCAAAGAUCUGGGUUUUGCCUCAUCAUAAAAAAGAGGACAGAGCUGGAAGUCUACUAGUGACCUAGGAAUCAUGGUGCCUUUGUUGCCCUGCACAUACUCUGGUGAACUGGGGAGGGAUGGCAGCAAUUAAGGAUAUCCAUAAUAGUUCCUGUUUGAAGUUUGAUGUCAACAAGUGUUCUGCUGUUCCUCAGAAACAAUAUUAGGAAUGUCUGCCUUUUGUCCUCCCUGAGUCCAUGUGGACAUGGUCUUAUUUUAGAGAUAGUAACUUAUUUUCUGCUUACUUAUUCUCAUUUAACACCCUUUUAAUUAUUUUCUUCUCACAUUUAUUGCUUGCCAUGAUUCUCUCCCUGUGUUGAAAUAAUAUCUGAUGCUAUUAAGCUGAUAUUAAAUCAAUGGAGAAUCAUUUAUGUCAGCAAUAUUUUAACUAAAGUCAGUGGAGCUACAUCAGGUGAAAGCUGGAUCACAAGAAGAGCUUGACUCAGUAGCCCAGAUUCAGAUCUUAAGUUUUACUGUGACAAAGUCAGCAUAUUUCAGUUAUGUAUUCACAAUUUAUUGCCAAAUAAAUGAAGUAAGAAUUUCAACCCUGUUCUUUUGGCAGAGAAAAGGCAAAUCUGCAGAGCUGGAAUUUGGCAAUUGAUUUUUGAAAUAUUUAAUUUUAAAAGGUAGUUCUUUCUGAUUUAUAUUUAUAUGCAGAAAUGUGCACAGUUAUUGAUUGGGGAUUUUACUUGGGUUUUUUUUGUAAUUUAUUUUGUAGCACUUUGCAGUUCAUCUUUACAGUCUAGGAGUAGGUUUGACCUUCAAAUAUUUCAGCAUGUACUGACAUGGUAUUUUUGAUUUUAUGUAAUUGUGGAGGUAACUUUAAUAAACCACAACUGAUUUAUGCACCAGUGAAAUAUAUAUAUUUAUAUAUAUAUAUAUAGUAGAAUAUCCUUCUUACAUAUUUUGUACUAUAUCUUUCGUAUUAGCCACUCAGUGCACUAUUACUUUAUGCAGAUAUUCACAGAACCUUAUGGAUUACAGCAUGUGUUUUGUUACUAAUAAUGUCUUAAUUCAGAUGUUAAAUGCUUGAUGGAAAAAGACUACAUGUUCCUGAAAUGGUUUAUUUUCAGUAUGUGUACAGAGCCUCCUAAAGCUAGGGGAGCUAAAAUUUUAAAGUGGAAAUUAUAGUACCCACUAGCUCCCGACUUUCAGCUUAAUUGUAAGUGACAUUGCUUGUAACUGUAGAGAUUCUGAUCUGCCCAAAUGGUGUUGGUUUGCAAAGGGCUCAGCUAAUUAGGAAUUCUUGACCUCCUUAAAAUAAAGUGAAACUCAAACUAAGAAUUAUGCAGGAGCAAUGAAUAUGGUAAAAAUUGCUGAACAUCCAGGAUAUGACAUUAAAAAGCUUUUAUAUUGUUUCACUGAGCAAUAAAAAAGGCUAUGAGAUGUCUAAAGGCAGAGUUGCUAUUUUUUUCUCACUGUGCCAGACACAAAACUAAAAUAACAUUGUAUUUCUAAUGUUUGGCUAGAAGGCCUUUAUUUAUACUGGAGUUUACUUUAAAUUGACAUUUAAUAUUCUCAGAGAAGUACUGAGAUAAGCUGUUGAGCAGUUUGAUGAGCGGAUUACUUGUGGGACUGGAGAGGAAGCACUACUGGGGUGUUAUGGUGUGAGAUCUGUUAAGUAAACCUGUUCAUGUUGAAUUUGGUGGAAGCUUGACCAGUGACCAAGUCUGUGUUGCACACAAGUUUCUUGGCAGAACCCAGGGCUUGUGUUGUGCUUGCUGCAGCUGCCUGCCAUGGCGAGUGAGGCAGGGGCCCUGGCAGCAGCUGUUGCUGCAGAAAGGUGUUUGGGGACUAUGUCUGUUGAUGGGAAUCAUGGGAGCUCACUGCCAGGGGCAAGUGGAGAGUACUGCGACACACUCACAUGGCAGUAUGUGUGUGUCAGAGUACCCUAACCUGGGCAAGGUAGUCCCCGAUGUUUCCAUUGCCUUUGACUACCUGUGGGAUCUUUCCAUUGCCUUUGACUACCUGUGGGAUCUUUCCCACACAGCAGUGAAGAUAACCAUUCAUUUCAGUGGGAGCAAGAUCCUUGGAGGCAGCAGGCAGUGCCAAGAAAACCUGUGGACAGCUAGUUGGAAGCAGUUCUACUUCAGAUGGUUCUUGCAGGAAUUGCUUUUUUUGACUGCUGGCAGAAGCACUAGAAAUAUAUUUCUUUCCUAGGGUGCAGCCAAUGCCUAAGCACAUUUUUUAAAAAAUGAAAAAAAUAUGGGACCUUGCCAUAUAGGAAGGACUGGUACACUUUCUGCUGGCUCUUUAUACAACAGCAUUGAUAUGAAGGUCCAGUUUUUCAGUCCCUUCACCCAGCCAUCCAUGAUAAUUUGAUAAUUAAUUAUCAGCAUGGAGACCAGCACUUUGUUUGCAGCUGUCUGAAUACCUAAAAAUUUGCAAAUGGUUUGUAAAGUUGGAAGCCACUAUCAGAGAGAUUAAAAAUCGUAUAAUUUCUGACAUCUUUUUAAUUCCCCCAUCCAUCCCUUUCCAAUUGCAUAUUAAACAUUUGAAGUAGUUGGAAAGUUAUUCAUGGAUUGAACAGCUAAAUAUUUUGUUCAUGCUCAUUUCAAAAGAAAACCCCAGAAGUUUACCUGAGGGUUUUAGUAUUUAUUUUUUUUUCUUCUUCCUCAUAAUUCUAUAUGAUUUCUCUUCCUUCCAAUUUUCAAUGAUGCUGUGUUUCCUUGUGUUCUUCAGAGAGCUCAACAUCCUCCUUUGUGAGUGAUGGUAAGCUCUGUCUUUUCCAUAGGGUACAAAUGUGCCAGGUCUUUAAAUUCCCUUUUGAAGGUCUUUGCUGCCAUUGUGUGAUUGUAUAAAAUAUUCCAGAUUAAAAUGUAGGCACAUGUUAGGCCAGAGUUUUUCAUUUGAUCUCCACAGCAAGAGUUCUUAGGUGGCUGGAAGUAUUGAGAAAUAAAAAUACAGCAUUAUAGGGAGCACAGAGAACACUGGUACUGUGUAUUUCAUGUUUCACAGCCCAUUUCAUUGUCCCACUUCCAUGAGAAUAUGUAUCCCCAAAUCUUUGAAGCUGGCUUCCAUUUUUUCUGUUUUUCUGUUAAACAUACAAAUUAAAUCUUCUGUAAAAAUAGAAUAAGAUGCAUCAGUUGGAAAUAAAUACAGGUGUUUAGUUCCACAAGCAUGUAGACUGUUAGAUUGAUUUUGUAGAAGAUGCUAGUGUCUUUUAGUCGAAUGUUGACGUUAACUGGUUAACAUACUUUCAUAAAAAAGAUAGAUUGAAAAAAUCCACAUUGGAGUGUAUAUUGUUUUGUUAUGGAUAUGCCAUAUUCUUCUAAUUUUACUAAUAUCCUCCCAUGAUUAGCUGUACUUUUGUCGCUGUAAGGAGUGUGAUGGAUAAACACGUGUCUUGGCCUGGAGCAGAGUUGCAGGCAGUGUACAGCUAAACUUCUUUCAUCCUGAAGAGGGCAAUUCCCCUGUAGUCUCUAGAGGCAGCAACUCACAAGAGUGCUACUAAGCAGAUUACAUCUUAACAUAGGAGAAAACUCCCCCUGUCGCAUACAUGCUUUCACUGUAACUUUGUUCCUCAGCUGGAAUGAUAAGAAGAACCAUACAGGAUUUCAGCAAACUAUUCAAUGUUCAAGAAAGUAUAGGGUAAAGUCAUGGCCUUCUUGUGAUGGCUUUGAUUUUUCCUUAAUGUCAAUGAUGGAGGAUUCACUCUUCAGGCAUGUUGACAAAGCAGGAGAAGAAAUCCUGAUAUUUUCCUGAAAUGUUGUUUUAAUACAGCUUUUUUUUUUUUUGUAUUGCUGGCUUUACUAUUGUGAGAGCACAACUGGGCAGCCAAACCACUGCGCAAAGAUAAGACCAGAUUUUUUUGGCAAAUACAUUUGAAAUGUCUUUCACUGCUAUUCAGAACUCUGUGUUCUUUGGUCUUAGAUUUCUAGUUCAGCUUAAAAAUAGGAAGUGAGCCAUUUCGUUGCUGUCAAAGCAUAGAACUUAAGCAUUCUUUACUUAAAUCUAUUUUUCACAUGUUGAAAAAAGUAAUACUCUAAAUGAUAGCACAAAAAUGCCUUCUGCUUUACCAUAAUAAUCACAUCAUGAAAAAAAGUUUGCUGUAAUCCGUCAGCAAGCUGUGAAUCUCUCCCCACACCCCUCAGUUUAUUUAUGUUGAAAUUGUUUUAUAUUUCUUGUAAAUAAUAUACAAUAAUCGUUUUUAGUUCCAAUUUUAACCAUAACAGUUUGGGCAAUAUAUACAUACAAAAUGGGUACUUGAGGAACUUCCUUUUGACUGGCAAAUAAAGUUUUAUAAUUCAUUA